CAACCAAAGAAAUGAGGAUCUUCACAAAGCUCUCUGCACCACUCUGCCUCCUUUUCGUCUUCCUCUGUCUUAAAACUGCCUUCUCAUCCUCUAUACAUGCUUCUUCCUUCUCAACAACGCAUCUCUGCUCUCAUGAGGAGGCUCUUGCUUUGCUGCAAUUCAAGACAUCCUUCUCCGUCAAUUACACUGUUCCGUAUCCAGAUUCUUGUGGGGAAAAUUAUUCUAAGAUUGAGUCAUGGAAGGGAGGUAUAGACUGUUGUUCCUGGGAUGGGGUUAGCUGUGAUAAUGUCACAGGUCAUGUAAUUGCCCUUAAUCUCAGCUGCAGUUUCCUUUAUGGCACCUUUCCUUCCAACAGCACUCUUUUCUUCCUUAGAAACCUGCAGAGCCUCAAUCUUGCCUGGAAUGAUUUUAGGCUUUCCAAGAUUCCACCAGAAAUCAAUCUGUUUACUAGACUAAAGCAUCUUGAUAUGUCUUAUUCUCAGUUUUCGGGCCAAGUUCCAGCAGAAAUUGCUCACCUCCCCAAGUUAGUUUCUCUCAAUCUCUCUUGUUCUGAAUUGAUCCUUGAAACAACUACCUUCAGAAAUCUUGUUCACAACUUGAGCGAGGUGAGAGAACUUGUGCUUAGUAGAGUGAACAUGACAUCUGUUAAUCCUCAUUUCUUCAUGAAUCUCUCUUCUUCAUUGACUACUCUUGAUCUCUGGGGGAGUGCAUUAAGAGGAAACUUUCCAAACAGUAUUUUCCGCUUUCCAAAUCUCAAGAAUUUUUAUUUAAGUGGAUCUUUUGGAGAGCGAAACCUCACUAUUGAUCUUCCAAGUUCCAAUUGGAGCAGUCCUCUCCAACAUUUGUAUUUAUCUGUCAUGGAUUGCGGAAGGCGAUUGCGAGAGUCUGUAGGAGAUCUUAAGUCAUUACAGUAUCUGUAUCUUGGCUGCAACUUGGAAGGUUCCAUUCCAGCUUCCAUAGGGAACUUAUCUCAACUUACUUACCUAAGCCUCUCUUAUAACAAUCUUAGCGGACAAAUCCCAUCAUCACUUGCAAACCUCACCCAACUUACCUCUCUUGACCUUUCCUAUAAUCAGUUUUCUAGUCCCAUUCCAGCUUCCAUAGGUAACUUAGGGCAACUUACUAAGCUAGACCUCUUUUCUAACAAUCUUAGCGGACAAAUCCCAUCAUCACUUGCAAACCUCACCCAACUUACCUAUCUUUCCCUUUCCGAUAAUCAGUUUUCUAGUCCCAUUCCAGCUUCCAUAGGUAACUUAGGGCAACUUACUAUCCUAUCCCUCUCUUUUAACAAUCUUAGUGGACAAAUCCCAUCAUCACUUGCAAACCUCACCCAACUUACCUAUCUUUCCCUUUCCCAUAAUCAGUUUUCUAGUCCCAUUCCAGCUUCCAUAGGUAGCUUAGGGCAACUUACUAACCUAGACCUCUUUUCUAGCAAUCUUAGCGGACAAAUCCCAUCAUCACUUGCAAACCUCACCCAACUUACCUCUCUUGACCUUUCCAAUAAUCAGUUUUCUAGUCCCAUUCCAGCUUCCAUAGGUAACUUAGGGCAACUUACUAUCCUAUCCCUCUCUUCUAACAAUCUUAGUGGACAAAUCCAACCAUCACUUGCAAACCUCACCCAACUUACCUUGCUUUACCUUUCCAAUAAUCAGUUUUCUGGUCCCAUUCCCUUUCAUGCUAUUAGGUUUUCCAAACUAAGUUAUCUAGACUUAUCUCAUAACUUACUUAAUGGCACGUUGCCACCUUGGAUUUUCACCCUACCUUUGUUAGAAAACUUGAACCUCAAUCAUAACCAAUUUCAAGGUCAAAUAAAUCAAUUCCAGCAAAACUCACUCAGAGAUCUAGAUUUGUCAAACAAUAAAUUCCAGGGCUCAAUUCCUAACUCAAUUGCUAAUUUAGUAAAUCUUAGUUAUCUUGAUUUAUCAUCAAAUCAUUUUAGUGAUUUAGUAGUAUCUGACAUGUUCUCACUUCAAAAUCUAGAAACCAUCAUUCUUUCACACAAUAAUCUGUCCUUGAGAAUGAAUGUCGAUGCCAACUUCACGUUACCUAAACUGACUGAUGUUUUCUUGUCUUCUUGUAACUUGAGUGAAUUCCCCAUUUUCUUAAGACAUUCAAAUGGUCUGCAAAGCCUAGCGCUGUCCAAAAAUAGCAUUCAUGGAAAUAUUCCCAAAUGGAUAUGUGAAAAGGAUGACCUCCAAAUUCUUGACCUUUCUCAUAACAAUUUAAUCGGGGAGAUUCCAAAUUGUCAUCCUAAGUCUCUCUUAGUGUUGAAUUUGCAGGCCAAUUACUUUGAUGGAAUUAUACCAUUUGGGUUUCCAGAGGGCUGUGGAUUACGAAAUCUCAACUUACAUGGAAAUCAAAUGGACGGCUUAUUACCAAGGUCUUUGGUGAAUUGUCGCAUGUUAGAGGUUCUAGACGUUGGCAACAACAACAUAGAGGACACAUUCCCUCAUUGGUUGGAAUCUCUACCAGACCUUCAAGUGCUUGUCUUAAGGUCCAACAAGUUCCACGGUUUUGUGCAGAGCACCAAAGAAAGUCUAUCUUUUCCCAAAUUACGAGUUCUGGACCUCUCCAGCAAUGAUUUUCGUGGCCCUUUGCCUGUUCGAUACAUUAAAAAUUUUAAAGCGAUGAUGGACUCUCAUGGAGAGGAUGGUUCCCCUGAAUACAUGAAGGCGCCAAUGAAUUCUUAUCAAUAUUCACUGGUUGUGACAUGGAAGGGAUUCGAGCGUGAGCUGCAAGGAAUCUUGACUGUGUUCAGUAGUAUUCAUCUCUCAAAUAACAUGUUUAAGGGAGAAAUUCCAGAUGUUAUGGGAAAGCUUAGCUCUCUCAAAGGGCUUAAUAUUUCUCAUAACAACCUUACUGGUCAUAUCCCACCGUCACUAGGGAAUUUAACGAAUCUGGAAUGGUUGGAUCUCUCUUCCAACGAGCUGGCGGGGAAAAUUCCUGAUGAAUUGGUAUCUUUGACACAACUCUCUGUAUUGAAUCUUUCAAAUAAUCAUCUUGUCGGGCACAUACCACAGGGCAAUCAAUAAAUAUAUGAAGUUUGUGCCUUGUUUGCCUCUUUUUGUGCUCGUAUGUAACUCAUUGUGAAUUUGUAGUAAAUUAGAGUAAACGGCUUAAAUUUGUUUCAGGAUAAAUCUCUUUAAGUUAGCUCCUGAGUUGUAGAGUUCGUUGUUACAAAGUUUUGUACUUCCUUUGUAAACAAUAAAGGAAGAAUGAAUAAGAAAUCAUGUUGGGAUCCUAAACGCAAGGUCCAUAAACCUGUGAAAGGUGUUUUAAGACUGGGAAUUGAGAAGCACCAGACAUCUAAUGCAGAGCUGGAAAAUAUUUCCGAAAGUGGCAGCAUGACCAAUGAAUCUAUGGACCUAGGGGAUCAAGUUACUGAUGCAAUGUUCAUUAAGAGCCCCAACAAUGGUUCUGAUGGGCCUCAGAAUAGCAAUUCCAAGUGGAUUCCUAGUGAUGAGAAAAAUGCAUCUGGAAAUGGAAACACUCAUGGAAAUCCGGAUCUCAAUGUUGGUGAUGUAAGCAGAAUGCCUUUCUUGCGUUUGUAUUUUCUUUUUAUAUUUUUGUUGCAUUUCAGUUGCUUAUUUGCAUGGCUGAUAGGAAACAACCAGAGAAUUUUUCUUGUGUUCUGUAAAUAUGGUUUGCCUAUUUCUUGAUUCAAUUUUGAAUGGAUAAAUGCCUCAAUUGGCCUGGAGCAAAUUUAUCUAUCUAGCAUUGUAAUGCUGGCUAUAACCUUAGCACCGUAAGAUAUAUUAAGUCCAUAGACCAGAGAAUGAGUAAUUGAGUUCCAGGCAUUUGACUUUCGGACAACUUUGAGAAACGAACUAUUCUUGCAGCUUUUCCAUUCUCUAUAUGUAUAUCCUUUAACUGUGAGCUUGAGUUGGAAAAGGAAUCUAUUUGUAUGAGUUGAGCUGAGAAAGGAUGAUGCAGACGUUCAUAGACGAGCUAAAAUUGUUGAGUGAUACUUUGCACUAUGAUUUUUAAACUCGUCUUAUUGUUCUUUCUGUGCUACUGAUAUGACUAGGCAAUGUAUCCAAGGGAACCUGGUUUAUCACUUCAGAAGUGGGCUCACACGCAAGUUGCUGUUGGUGUGGCCUGCUACCAUGAUGAAAUUAAAGUUUCUCUCCCUGCUGUUUGGAUACCAUUGCAUCACCUUCUAUUCAUUUUCUUCCAUGUUGAUCUUCAAAUGAAACUAGAAGCCCCAAAACCAGUAGUAAUUGGAUAUGCAGCACUUCGAUUAUCCACCCAUGCACAGUAUGCAACUGCCCUUAUGUUUGUCAUCUUUUGUUUUGUUUCUUUCCUUGAUGAUUUAUUAACUUACAUUAUUUGUUCUGCUACUGGAGUGAUUGGUAUGGUAGUUCAUGGUAUUGGAAACAAACAGGGGGCAGAAAUAUAAUCACCUAUUCAGUAUUCUAGUGGUUUGUUAAGUUAAUGUUAUAAUUUCAAUUGUCAGGAGAGGCUGGGUUAUUUGGAAGAUGGAAAAACUAUUUUUAAAUUGCAAUUAAGGCUUUGCUCAUCUUUUUACCCAAUUAAUGAGCGCAUAUGGGAUUUUUUUCUUGAAUACGAUAGACACUCUUUGAACAAGUCCUCCAUGUGGUUCUGAACUUUUGGAGGGUGGUCAAUAUUGGAGCAACUGCUUUAGUUACAGACACAGCAACAACAAUAUUUGGAGAAACUGGUGCUAGUGUAGCAACUGGAGUGACUGUAUGUAUAUAAAAAUUCUAUCCUCUUUAUGUGCCCCACAUACCCAACCUCCUUGUCUGCCUCUAUUCGUACUUGUAUGUAACUCAUUGUGAAUUUGUAGUAAAUUAGAGUAAAAGGCUAAAAUUUGUUUCAGGAUGAAUCUCUUUAAGUUAGCUCCUGAGUUGUAUAGUUCGCUAUUACAAAGUUUUGUAUUUCGUUUGUAAACAAUAAAGGAAGAAUGAAUAAGAAAUCUUAUU